ACAAUCCACCAGACCACCGCCAUGUUGUCACUCUAACCAAAGGUGAAGAGUUCACAGGAGGUGGUUGACCUUUUCACUUUCACCUAACCUUAACUGUACUGUGGCGCCGGUUUCAGGUUGUGCUUAACUUCCGGAUCAGAUUUCCUACAGUCCUUCGGUGGUACUAGAAAGAAGCGGCAUGGCGUCCUUGCUCCGCCGCUUGGCCCGUCCGGCCGUCCUGAUACCCUUGGGGGUCCCUGUUGGGCUGUACACCUUCGCUAAACUCAACCCUGACGCGGCUUCAGCCUACUACAAGCGCGGCUUCGCUUGGGCCUGCGCCAGAAGCACGGAGUCCAAUAACAAGAAGCUUCAAGAACUGAAGCAGGACAUGUUUACUGGUUUGAAGGAACAAGACGGGGGUUCGAGUUCCUUACAAGUUUUGGAGAUCGGCGCUGGGAGUGGGGCCAACUUUAAGUACUUUCCCCCGGGAACUUCCGUGAUCGCUGUCGACCCCAACCCCCACUUUGACCAGUACCUGAAAGAAAAUUCUGACGAGUACCCAGAAGUCAAGGUGACGAAGUUCGUAGUUGCGGGUGCAGAAGACAUGGCUGACGUUGCGGAAGGAUCUGUGGACGCUGUCGUGUGUACUUUGGUCCUGUGCUCCGUCCAUGACGUCGACGCCGUCCUUGGAGAGGUUAAAAGAGUUCUCAAGCCGGGCGGGAAGUUCUACUUCCUGGAGCAUGUUCGGCACCCUACCCAGGCCUGGGUACAGUCCCUACAGGACAUUCUCACGCCGGUGUUCCGGGUACUGUCGGACGGCUGUCAGCCCAACAGGGAGACGUGGAAACACGUGGAUAGUGCCGGCUUCUCGGACGUGCAGUACAAGAUAGAGGGAAACCUCAGGCCUAAGGUCAUCAUGCAGAUUCUGUACGGCACGGCCACGAAAUAAAUGUUUCAAUAUCUGUCCUAAUCAUCAUUAUAUCGUUCCGUGGCAGUACUGCAGCCAAGUUCUCAUUAGCUUCUAGCACUAGGAGCAGGUCCCGGUUGGAGAUGUUGGGGCCUAGUACGCAGCCCUGUGUAAUGUGUCCCAUAGUUUGGGUAGGUUGACCGCUACGACCCUCAGCUAUCCUAAUAAGUCGGUCGUGCGACAUGAUUACAACAGUGGAUUCAAACGUUUUAAGACAGUCGUGUGCAUCGUGUCCAUCAGUGUAUUCUAAAUGUGCCAUUAAUUGUUGCCUCCAUAUUGUUUAGAUGGGUGACAGAACAGAGCAAAUUAGCAGUUUUUAUUGUGCCAAAAUAUGGUAAAAAAAACGACGAUUUCAUAGCAUUUCGCGCGAGUAUUUUUAAUGCUUAUGAGCUGAAGUCUAUCAUUUUAUUUCCUGAUCUUGAAAUUAUCGCCUGGUUGCGUUUAUUUGGAAUUGUAAAUAUCACAUGUAUGUGUUGUAAGAUGAUCAUCUAGAAAAAUUUUAGGAACGAACGAAGUUU